GAAUGAAAGGUGGUGCUGAUUGAUAAACCCACAAAUGGUGGUAAAUGUGUAUAAUGCAGUAUUUCCAUCUUAAAAAUAGAUUAGAUUCGGUGGAUAAGUGUCGAAAUGUGUCGUUUUUAUUUGGAAAAUCCUUGAACGGUGAAGUGCGAAUUGUGUACGAUUAUUCGCCGUGCCCCAAUUUCUCGAAAUCUAUCAAUUAUCGCCAGGAAAACAAACGCAUGCGUGUUACGGGCGGUACACAAAGAUCCGUAAAUGUGGACCCCCUCGGCAGUCAGCUGUAAAACGGUUUCUCGAUGAUUUAACUCGAUUUUCUCGGGUAGUUUUAAUCGGGUACUGUGCCGUUUUUAUGAACUGUUACCCCGAAACAUGAGUUACACCACGCUAUGCGCUAUUGUGUUCAUUAUUUCACCGUUUAUCGAAGGUGCAAAUCGAUUAAAUGAGUACAUCUCCCAUUUCGAACCUUUAACCUACGACCAUCAAGACGUCCACAAAUCGCAUCUUCGCGCGAAACGUUCCGUUGUUCGAGAUAACGCCGUACAUUUGGCUUUUAAAGCACACGGCCGAAACUUUCGGUUACGUUUGAAACGGGAUUUGGGGGUUUUCAGUGAAAACCUCGAAGUGCACAGUCCCGAUGGUCCUUUAGAAGUCGACACUUCUCAUAUUUACACUGGGCACGUGAUUGGUGAUCCAAAUAGUUCAGUGUUUGGUUCCAUAAUCGACGGUGUUUUUGAAGGAAAAAUCGUCGCUUCCGAUUCGUCUUAUUACGUUGAAAAAGCGCGGCAUUAUUUUCCCGAGGAAAAACACCAGAAUCGAACGUUUCAUUCGGUUAUUUACGAUGAAAAUCACGUAGAAGAUCCGUAUAGAGAUGUUAGAAAAGGUGGAGGUUGCGGGGUUAACGACGAAGUUCAACAGUGGAUGGAAAAGAUUCAAUAUUCAGGGGUUGACGAACCCACCGAUUUAAACUAUUUAAAAGAAAAGCAUAAAAAGAAUAAGAAGAAGAAAAACGAUAAAUAUAUAAACGAUAUAUUCGAAGGGUAUAAAGAAAAAAAUGAAGAAGCUUAUUUGAAAUACACGAAAAAUGCUAAUGAGAAAAUUAAAAAUAAACGGAAAAAACGAGCCACCCGACGAGAAGAAAAUCGAAACACUUGCUCUUUGUAUAUACAAACGGACCCAUUAAUUUGGAAACAUAUUCGUGAAGGAUUCCCUGAACAUGCAGAUCCUACAAAAGAAACUGAAAUUAACGAAAAAACCCGUGAAGAAAUUUUAUCAUUAAUUGCCCACCAUGUAACGGCGGUUAAUUACAUAUACCGUGACACGAAAUUCGAUGGAAGAAACGAGCAUAGAAACAUAAAAUUCGAAGUGCAACGCAUAAAAAUCGACGACGAUUCCUCGUGUAACUGUCGCGGUUACAAAUGCGAAAUAAACCAAUUUUGUAUGGAAAACAUCGACGUGAGCAACUUUUUAAAUAUCCACUCGCUUGGAAAUCACGAAGAUUUCUGUUUGGCGUACGUAUUCACGUACAGAGACUUCACGGGUGGUACUUUAGGUUUAGCAUGGGUCGCCUCGGCAUCCGGAGCAUCUGGUGGAAUUUGUGAAAAGUAUAAGACUUAUACGGAAACGGUUGGUGGGAUGUAUCAAAGUACUAAAAGAUCUUUAAAUACCGGAAUUAUUACUUUUGUUAAUUAUAAUAGUAGAGUUCCACCAAAAGUUUCACAAUUGACUCUAGCUCACGAAAUUGGUCAUAAUUUUGGAUCGCCCCAUGAUUAUCCGUCUGACUGUCGACCUGGUGGUCAAACUGGUAAUUUUAUUAUGUUCGCUUCAGCAACAAGCGGUGACCGUCCAAACAACAGCAAAUUUUCAACCUGUAGCGUAGGAAAUAUCUCGAUGGUUUUAGACGCUAUCGAAGAUAGCAAAAAGAAAAACUGUUUCACUGCCUCCGCGGGUGCGUUCUGCGGAAAUAAAAUAGUCGAAGCUGGCGAAGAAUGCGAUUGUGGCUACGAUGAUGUUGAAUGUGACAAAGAUAAGUGUUGUUAUCCAAGAAUUAUUAGCGCUGAAGAUAGACGAUUGAUUACUAAUAACACAAACAUCAAAGGAUGUCAAAGAAAGAAAGGAAAACAGUGCAGUCCUAGUCAAGGUCCGUGUUGUAACCACGAUUGUAAAUACGUCGAAGCAUGGGAAGAAGAUGUUUGUAAACCGGAAUCUGAUUGUUCCGCAUCAUCAAAAUGCAAUGGAAAAUCGGCGGAUUGUCCCCAACCUCAGCCAAAACCGGAUAAAACUCGUUGUAAUAACGGAACUCAAUUAUGUAUUAAAGGGGAAUGUAGCGGAUCAAUUUGUCUUGAAUGGAAUCUUCAACCAUGCUCAUUAACUUCGCAGGAUACACCUAAUAUUGAUAAGCGGAAAUUAUGCGAAUUAGCUUGCCAAAACGGUACGGAUAUUUGUCGAAGUACCAGUGAAUUUGCCGAACAGGUUAACUUACCGAAAGGCGGAAUUAGUCUUCGUCCUGGAUCACCAUGUGAUAAUUUCCAGGGUUAUUGUGAUGUAUUCUUUAAAUGUAGAGCCGUCGACGCUGACGGGCCAUUGGUACGACUUGUAAAUUUGCUAUUAAAUAAAGAUACUUUACUCACUGUUAGCCAAUGGGUUACCGAGUAUUGGUGGGCUGUUUUAUUGAUGGGUAUUGGGUUUAUCUUGUUUAUGGGUCUAUUUAUUAAAUGUUGCGCUGUUCAUACGCCUUCUUCCAACCCAAAAAAACCACCCGCAAGAAGAAUAAGCGAAACUUUAAGAAGACCUAUUACUACAUUAAGAAGAAUGCGACAUUCUGGAAAUCAUCAAGGUGCUUCAUCGCGAGGUCAAUCAAUACCGGGUCGAAAUCCACCUCCACCAAGAACAGGAAGGCCGUCUGGGAGUCACGGUCCACGACAGGGUUACGGUGAAGGUCGCGGCCAGUACUACGCCCCCAAAGUAGAUUAUUCCUUGUUAGCAACAGCACCACCUUCAGGAGCAGGGGGUCGGUCGCAUCCUUACGGAAACGCUUAUGAAAUGAGACAAAAAGUCUGACAACAACAUCAACAGGGCGAAGGUGAUUCGCAGCGGCACGUCUCUCCACCUCCUGAAUAUGAUUAUGGUGAUCCUAUGAUGAGCAUUCAUUUUGAGGGUCCGGCAGCUAAUAAUUGUAAUCGGGGUGAUUUGUUGAAAGGUGGUGAGGUGAAUAGUUGACUGUGAUGAAUUUUUGUUUUUUGGGAAAUUUGGAGGGAAAUGAAUAAUAGUAUUUUUGUAAAACUUGAUAAAAAUUUGAUUUUUUUUUUUGAGAAUGGUUAAAGUGCUAGUCGAUAUUACAAAAUGAGAAUAAACUAGGUGAGUGAUGUGGUGCGUAAAGAGAACGGUAAAAUAAUGAACAAAUAGUAUUUGUAUUUAUGAUUAUUAUUAAGGUGAAUAAUUGGAGUUUUUUUAUUAUUCGAAACUUAAAAGAAAAACAAGUGUUAUUAGAUUAUUUUUAAUUAAAUUAAUGUUUAAACAUUUCCAGUGGUUUUUAAUAAUUAAAUUGAGAAAUACUGUACUUUAUUGAUAAACACUAUAAGCGAAAUGUGUUCAAUUUGUUUAAUUGUUGAUUUAUCCAAUAAUAAUACAUAAAAAGAAUAUUCCAACUUCGUUGCUUGUGCAAAAUAAUCGAAGUAUUUUUGUAAAUUUUGUAGCUAAGGUGACGUUUUAGAUGUUAACUUUGAGAGUUGUAUAAAAAAUAGGAUAUUUUGGAUUCGAUGCGAUCUCUCCCCGAACUAACAAUAAGAAAGAAAUCAUACAAAAUAAUAUUAAAAUUACUAGGCGCUAUUUUUCUAAACACACCUAAAUUUGUUAUUUUUUUCUGAAAAACUCAGUAUUGCUGAUCUGAUCGAUAUUCAGGCGAUUGUGAUAAAAAAAUUGAACGUGCAUUUAUUUAUUAGAAUUUCAUUUUUACUUUUUCGACUUCAUGAUAAUUAGUAUUAAUACGUUUUUUAAAAAAAAGAAAUUGUAUUCGCAAACGCUAAUUUGUACUAUUUAGAAGCGUUGCGCGAUGAACGGUUCUUGAAUCUCUUUCAAUUUUUGAUAUUUGUAUGAUAUUAGAUGCUCUCUCCUCUCGUUAUAUUCAAAUAGACGAUUUUUGAAUCGAACAAAAUGAAAAAAAAUUCUUUGACCAAUCAUGUUUGUUGUGCAAGUGGCUUGUACAUGUGUAUUAUAUUUUCACUGAGAAAAAAUGAUACAAUCAGUGACCCGAAUAAUGUGAAUAUUUAAGUAACAAAAACCAA